AUGCUGCGCUUUUGGCAUCUUUGGCUGCCGCUAGCGCUUGCGAACGGUGCUCUGCAAUGGCUCAAUUGCCUUGGGCCACCGUUCAAGCCUGCUUGGGCAUCACUGCAGGCGACACUCCUGGAGCUGUUGCAGCGCCAGCCAGAUCUGCUGAUGAUCGGGCGGCCGCUGCCGCCUGCAGUCGUAAUGCUGGUAGAGGAGUUGGAACCAAUGUGCCAGGCACGCAAGGACGUGGCAGCACUGCUGGCCUGGACAGGCGAGAAGCCCGAGACGGACUACGAGGCCAUGGGUUCCCUUCGCUGGUGGAUCAACGCCUCCUAUGAGGUAGAAGAAGUCGAAGGCAAUGGUUUUUGCCUCUACGGCUGCGUCACCGUGCUUUUCCUCCUGGCCUUCAACGAGUUGUCGUGGCUGCUCAUCUCGCCAGAAGAGCCUUCGGUGGCCACAGCUGAGAAGAGCAUGCAGUACAUCUUCAUGUCUCUCCAUCUUUCGCGCUCGCUUCUUGGCGACCACUCCACACUGGAUCUCCUCUCGAGUAGUGCGUGGCCACCGCGUCUCCCGAACUGGACCAUGGAGGUCUUUGAGAGGGCCGAGGUACUGAUUGGAGGCUCGAAGCCGGUUCAAGAGUCGCCUCACGAAAGCUCUGCGCUUUCGCUAGCGCGGCGGUGGCAGCCCUGUGACCCCCUGCGGCAGGUGUGCAGUGCCCCGAGCCCGGCAGAAGGAGGGCGCAAUUUGAUGGACUCCCACAGCGGCCGCAGAGAUGAAGCCUUGGUCAUGCUGUUGGUCGGGGAGCAUGCCCCGUUCGAGAACACGGUUUGGCAGUGCAUCGAGUCGGCUUCCAUCGCCUUGAGUGUUCCCGUUCGGCCCAUCUUCGCGGGUGCCUACUACGGCUGCAGAGGACUUCCCAGUGCCUGUGCACCGGACUCGACGAAAGACUGGUUUCGGGCGUGGAUGCGGAGGUGGCCGAAGCAGAGCGAAUCUGCAUUGGAGGGGGUGCAGACAGAGGCAGAUGCGCUCUUCGAGGCCAUCAAGAGACAUCCGGAUCCGGAGGCUGCCCGCCCGGAUAUCCUCUUCUGUGGGGACACAGUGCUGUUCUGUUGGCUCCUGCGCCGGCGAAGUCUGCUGGCCCGGCAUGCCGGUUUCCACGAACUCCCCGCGCUCCAUGUCUAUGGCAUGGUCUUCUUGCAGUAUGUUCCGCCGAUGUGGAGACGAGAAAUGCUGGAGGAUUUCGCCAAUUGGUGGCUCCUUGAACGCAGCCCCGUCCGCGAGCCGGCAGGUGUCCAGAUCGAGGCAUUGGGCCUGCAGCUCCAGUGGCAGAUGGGCAUCGCCCUACCUUUUGUGCCCAGCACAGGCACAUCGGAUUCCGCCGGAGUUCUCUACCAUGCUCCCCGGCCAGGAGAAGAGCGCUCUGUCCUGGUUCUGAAGAGUGCCUUCUAUGCACUAGCUCCGGGCAAAGUCUUUGGGGUCGUACUGCAGCGACUCUCACGCGAGAGCAGGCUAUCCUGGAGCCAUUGGGCCUUCGAAGGCAAGCGGAACACCUUCCUGAACUUCGAAGAGAUGGCAUCGCAUUCCUGUGCCGUGUACGUCGCCCCGGAGUUUUCCCAGCUUUUGCUGCGCGACAUCUAUGGCAUCGGGUUGCCUAUCCUCGCUCCUAAUCUUGAGUGGCAUCGCAGGCUCUUGCAGCACAUCUUCGCGUCCUGGGGGCAACUGCACAGCGAGCAUGAUAUUGGCCGGCACCGGCCGCCUGAGGCGAGGAGUGCGGAGGCGCAGUCGCAUCAGAUUUUCGAUGCAGCCGGGCAGUGGCCGUUUCCUCCAUUCUACAACCCUUUGGAGCACCCACUGGAGCGGCUAAGAUUUUGGCUGCCGCUAGCGGAAGUGCACCGCUAUCCGAACAUCCUUUAUUUUCGGUCGCUGACGGAGCUUUUGGAGCUCGCGGAAACCAGCAACUUCGAGCGUCAGAGCGCUGAGAUUCAGGCCCAUGGCCGAAUCAUUACGGCCAACGUUCGUGCCUUCUACCGCCGGGCGCUGGCCCAGCUCAUUUCCGCGACAGCGCCCGCAUCAGGAGGAGAGUGGCAGGGACGUCGGGAGAGGCUUUAG